ACGGAAUAAAAAUGGAAUUGUUCACUUCCGAUUGAUGGUGAGUUCAGGGGUCAACAUUGUUCCCUGGGGUUGUUUUACACACUCGGAAGUGGAAGAUGGAUGCAAGUGGUGAAUUUUCUAUUUCAGCUCCAGAAAGUAAAGCUGGAUAUAUACUUAGUAAUGUGGCCGAGGUGGUGGAGAGGAUUUUGACAUUUGUACCGACCAAGUCACUUCUCCGUACCGCUUGCGUCUGCAGACUCUGGAGGGACUGUGCCCGCAGGGUGCUGAGGACACAGCAGAAGAUGACCUGGGUGUCCGGUACUGGCUCCUCCAGCUCGGAUGGACAUGUCUUGUUCAGGACUCUGGCAGAACAAGUAGAGAAUGUGUACUUGCUCCCCCGGACAGUCCUCCUGAUGGCAGACAGCGACACCUUGAACAGACCUGAUGGCACCUACAAGCAGAAGAAAGCAAGGAAGAUGUGUUGUGCAGGAGCAGCCGCUGAGCUCAACAAGCUGUUUCCUAAAGGAUGUGAUGUGCUGGGUAUUGCCGCUCCAGGGAUUGUGUUGACUCCAAUGGGGAGCAGCUCCAAGCACCCACAGGAGCACCAAGAAGGGGAAGCUGGCUUUGCUUUAUUGUUCCCCAAUAUGGACGGAAUAAAGAUACGCCCCUUCCAUUUCUGCAAGCAGAGUUUCAAUACAGCCACCCUUGAGGAAGCAGGACUCAUUAACAACCCAGACUUGCGCGUUGUUCUCCUGUUCGGUUACGAGGCCUUCAAAGCAGGAGCUGCGCGUUUCCUCAAUAAUGUCCUCCAGCCCCUGGCACAAGCUAACGUGCUGAUUGCAGGAGGCCAUGUGGAGAACGUGUUCUCCCCGCCCACAGAAUGCUGCAAUGAAGGCUCCUAUGGCGUCGUGGGCCUGGCGCUGAGCGGGCAGAAGAUCCAGGGGGCAUCGGUUUUGCUGGAUCAGGAUGUGAGCAGCGAGAAAUCGGCCGAGGCCGCGGUGCAGCGCCUGAAAUCGGCCAGCAUCCCCGAGAGGAACACGCUGGGCUUCAUGUUCGCCUGCGUGGGCCGCGGCCUCAACUACUACAGCGGCAAGCGCAACGUGGAGGCCGACGCCUUCCGCAAGGUCUUCCCCAGCAUCCCGCUCUUCGGCUUCUUCGGGAACGGCGAGAUCGGUUGCGACCGCAUUGUGACUGAAAACUACCUGCUGACCGACACGGACAACCUGCAGCACGGCUACACCACCGUGAUGACGCUUGUGCAUCUGGGGUAGCUGCGGCCGGGAGCCGUCUUUCGCAGGCUGUGGAGAAGAACCUUCACGAGGCUGUGUAAAGAAACGAAAAGAGAAGUUUAAUCGUUCCAGCGCAAGACGUCUAGUUGACUUGAGUGUGUUGGGUUGAGUAUACUUCAUACAGGAUAAAUACGUCAGCUCACUGAUACGACUGCAUGAUUAUUCCGUAGGUUUCAUGAAGCACUUUGCCGACACAUUUCGAAGAACUUAGUUUAAUAAUUUGAUUGUGUUUCUAGACAACGGCAAAUGCAAAAUGUAACAAAUCUGUACCAUUCCAGAUAGUUUUACUCUAAAAGGUUUCAUAAUGUACCAAACUCAAAUGGAUAGGGCUGUAGCAAAGGGGGAAUUUCUUCCUUGGAAGGUUCAGACUUUAGAAACGCGUCUGAACAAAGCUUUGAGCCUACGUGAGCAAUAAUUUCUGAGGGGAAUUUUGCAUUGCUUUAUAUGAUUGAAAAGGAUGAUAAAAAUAAUUAAUAUGAACAAGGGAGAGAGCAUAGAUGUUUUGUAGUACUUUGGAGGGAACAAUAGGUAUUUUAAUUAAAUAAAAACAACCUGUUAUAUAACCGCACAUGAUUUGUCUUGCUUGUGAUGUACAGCUCUGGUACUCCUUUUUCCAGGAGUGGUUUUUGUGGUAAAACAUUUUAGAAAAUGUCGAUGGAAGAGAAAGCUGAUUAUUCCCGCUCUUUCAUGUUUUUUUUUUCUGUAUUUUUAACCAUAUAUGGUAAGAAACCAAACAUCAUGAUGAGUAAAAGAUGAAGGGAAACUCUUUUCCUUUUCACUUACCUAGAUAAAUUCAGAAUAUUUGUUAAAGACAAUAAAAAAUACCAAAAUAUACUACAACAAUUUAUGUAAAUUGUAGAUCCCAAUCAUUAUUUUUUGCUUCCUCAGAAAUGACAGUUGUCCAUACCUUUUACUCUUUUGUUCGUAUUUACUGCUCUUUUGCGAUAUUACUCUUUCAGACUGUUUUUAAAAGCUGUCCGUGCAAUAUGUGUGCAGUGAGAAUACACUUUUUCCUUUUCUUGGUUAACAGAGGCCAUCUGAUUGUAUGUUGGGGUUCUGCGAUUGAGGUUAGGGGGUACCAGUCGUUGUGAAGGUAGGUUCAUUAAGGGAGGUGCAGCCUGCGAAACAGGCUGGGGCACUUGAAGAGGAUUGGCGGCAGUGUAAAUGUGUUUGAAUCUAAAUGUGUGGGCUGAUUACUUACAGGCAUUUACAGCAAAUCAGGCAGGCAAGUGAAAUAAUUUGUUAGGAAGGGCCCUUUUGCAAUGUGCCACUGUGUUUCAUAGGUCUUUGGGGAUUUAAAACUACCUAAACAUCUGCAGCUAGCAAAUGAACCUUUGAAGCAUUUAGCCUUUGGUUGCAGUCCUGUAAAAGAAUAUAUUAUACAUACUGGAAAAGGGAACAUUCCUCUGGAAAGAAAUAUCUCUGCGAGGGACAUCACAUGGCAUUAGUGGAAGACUAAGCGGUACUGAAUUCCUGAAACGGCUUUGCAUAUUGUUGUAAUUUUUUAUCCAGGAUUAUUUUUUUCACAGUCCCGGGUUUGAGUCUGGCCUUCUUCUGUUCGGUUCCAAUUCCGGGCAUCUACCGAGAGGAGUCCGAUAUCCGAGAUGAUCUGGAAAUCCCUGAGACCUGCUGGCCAGAUUACUUGGGAUUUUUAAAUUGUCCCCAAGUGUGUCCCCGAGCUGGGGUGUGUCCUGGGACAGCUGUUUGGCUCUGACUCUGCACAACAUCUCUAUAGAAGUAUUUUCUGUGUACAUUUGUGCAUUCUUCAUAUUGUAACCCUUUACAGUCGAAAUAUUUUUAUUCAAUUUUAUUCAUUCUCUUUGGAAUGGAAAUUGUAAAAAAAAAAACACAACAACUUGUAUUUAACAUCUAAAAGUAACAAUUGGGUUAAGGACAUGCCAACCGCUUGGGUUUUCUAUAAUUUGACUCUAAAUUGCAAGGUUUUCAAAUUCCUGAUUAACUUCACUCAUAGGUUUAGUACUGUAGUUUAUUGAGUCCUUCAUUACAACUUGCCUUUAGUCAGAUCUUUCCCAAACUAUCUGCUUGAAGACGAACAGCUUCUGCGAAGGGUUCUCUUUCAGGUGGAGCUUUCCUACGGAAGAGAUUUUUUGGAUUUGGUACAAAUACUGUGUCAGAUGUGUGUAGUCUAAGGUGGCAGUUUCUCUCAAAGUGAAAGAAAGAUCAACAUUUUCUCUAACUUGGCAGAAGAUCAGUUAAGUCAUGUUAGUUGUAGUAAAAAUAAUGAAUGUGUUUUCAGUUUCAGGGAAGUGCUACUUUUAUUUUGAUGUAUUUCUAUAGACGCAUUCACCAUUCCUUCUAAAUAAGUGUAACUGAAUGGUGGUUUGAGUGUAGUUUAAACAUUGAAACUCCUUUGGGUACAUAGUACUUAUCCCCUUCAAAAUAGAAUUGUAAUAUUUGUCCAGAAAGGACAGGACUAAUUUUGAUAGUAAAAGAUUAAAUUGUUGGAAAACCUUUUAAGCUUGCAAUCUCAGAGUAUGUGGAGAACUAUGGUGUCUUGAGUACUUCUGUGUACACCUUGAAACACAUGCAAUUAACAGUUACUGUGGUGUGGUUGCAUUUUAGUCAAUCUGGUCUUAGUAAAGUGGAUUGUAAUAAUUCAAGUUCUGCCUUUUGUAUAUUCUGAAUUAUUGUAAUGUUCUUUUUGUGGUGGUCAAUAAUCCCUAAUGUCUUUUUUAACAUUGUGGCACUGUGUAGUUGGUUCUAUGCCCGUGUUGGUUAAAUAAAAUGUUUGGGGUAA